AAGGUGGUGGUGGUGGUGGGAGCCCACCCUCCAGCCAGCCGCGUUGCAAAGAGGAAGCCGGAGCCGCCGCCGCCGCCGCAGAGGACGCCCAGAGCGGCCAGCCAGACCGACGGACUCCCGCCGCGUCCACCUGUCCGCGGGGCCGCCGCGCCCGCCGUCCCGAGCGCACACGCUCGCUCCGGCCGCCGCCCCCCGCCCGGCCCGGGCUCAGGCGGGCAGCCCCGGAGACCCGGGCCCACACGGCGGAGACAACUUUGGAAAAAGUUUUGGGGGGCCAGACUCUGGCGUGGAGGCUCCCGGCGCUCGGCGCGUUCCGACUCGGCGGGCGGCGGGGGGGCCUCUGCAGAAAAUGUGGCAGAAGAGCUGAGCCGGCGGGCAGCGGAGCACGCCCGGAGCCCGGGAGGGAGCCGCCGGCUGCCGCGCUCUCCCCUCCCCGAGGUUGGAGUCCCCGGGGCGCCCCCACACGGCUAGACGCCUCGGCUGGCUCGCGACGCAGCCCCCCGGCCGUGGAUGCUCACUCGGGCCCGGGAUCCGCCCAGGUAGCGGCCUCGGACCCCGGCGCGGCGCCCAGGCCCUCCCCAGCCCCCCCCAACGACGGAGCCGGGGCCGGGGGCGGCGGCGCCCGGGGCCAUGCGGGUGAGCCGCGCCGGCGGCUGCAGCGGCCCGAGCGCCUGAUCGCCGCAGCCCCGCGCCGAGCCCACCUCCCCCCACCCCUCGCCCCGACACCAGCCCCCGCCCCCCACCCUGGCCGCGGGGGCGGCGCGCUCGGUCCACGCGUCCGGGGCCCCGCGGGGCCGGGCCCGGAGUCGGCAUGAAUCGGGGCUGGGCGCUCUUCCUGUCUCUCUGCUGCUACCUGGUCAGCGCCGAGGGGGACCCCAUUCCCGAGGAGCUUUAUGAGAUGCUGAGUGACCCCUCCAUCCGCUCCUUCACGGACCUGCGGCGUCUGCUGUAUGGAGACUCUACAGACGAAGAUGGGGCCGAGUUGGAUUUGAAUUUGACCCGGACACAUUCAGAAGACGAGCUGGAGAAUUUAUCCCGAGGAAGAAGAAGUCUAGAUAGUUCGCCCGCAGCCGAGCCCGCGGUGAUCGCCGAGUGCAAGACCCGCACCGAGGUGUUCGAGAUCUCGCGCGGCCUCAUCGACCGCACCAACGCCAACUUCCUGGUGUGGCCGCCGUGCGUGGAGGUGCAGCGCUGCUCGGGCUGCUGCAACAGCCGCAACGUGCAGUGCCGGCCCACGCGGGUGCAGCUGCGGCACGUGAAGGUGAACAAAAUCGAGAUCGUGCGGAAGAAGCCCAGCUUCAAGAAGGUCACGGUGACGCUGGAGGACCACCUGGCGUGCAAGUGCGAGACGGUGGUGGCCGCGGGGGUGGCCCGAGGGUCCAGGACUUCCCAGGAGCAGCGAGCCAAGAUGCCCCAGACUCGGGUGGCCAUCCGGACCGUGCGUGUCCGCCGGCCUCCCAAGGGGAAGCACCGGAAGUUCAAGCACACGCAUGACGACAAGAAGGCGCUGAAGGAGACCCUCGGAGCCUAGGGGCAUCUGCGGGGAGAGCGCGGGCAGGGUUAUUUAAUAUGGUAUUUGCUGUAUCGCCCCCAUGGGGUCCUUGGAGUGAUAAUAUUGUCCCCCUCGUCCGUCUGUCUCGAUGCCUGAUUCGGACGGCCAAUGGUGCUUCCCCCACCCCUCCACGCGCCUGCCCGUCCCCUCUGCCAGUGAGUCCCCCCUCGGCUGCCUCCAGCACCUCGCCCGGAACCUCAAGGAAACGAAGGCCCCGGACUGCACUGCUGGCCUCCUGCCCUGACCCCGGCCUCGGAGUCAAGAGACGGACGGGGUGACCAGGAGAGGGGCUUCCCCCGCCAGCAGGUGGCCCCAGGACCUGCUGGGGCCCAGAGCAGCCAGGGGGCCGUGUACUCCUGGGACCUUGGCCGCGUGGGUUGGGGGAGCACAGACUGGAGAGACCCCCCCCACUCUCGCCGGCCGCCGCGGCCCAGCCACCCCGACCCCGUCACCUCUGCUCACAGUGGCGCCUGCCCUGCCUUUCGUACAUAUGAAAUCUCACAAGCGCGGACGCCUCCGGGCACACAUGGCCAGAGCGCCAGGCGGCCCCGCGCCCUCGGGGGCCGGAGGGGACGUCUGCUCUCGGAGGUGGAUGUUGCUGGGUUUCGGGCGUCCUCCGCCUCCCGCACUCCUGCUGCCCCGGCCCGCCCCGUCUCAUCUCUCUACCUCCACCCUGCUUCUUCCUCUCACCAGGCCCUCCAGGCUGCCCUACCCCGGGGAGCACUUUUUCCCGAGGCCCCCAGCGCCCCCGGCUGCUGCUCCUGCGGGCAGAAGACCCGGGUUCAGAGCGGCAGGGCCCUGCCUGCGCCCAGCCCAGCCCCCCCUUGUGAGGCUCUUCGGGGCAGGCACUGCAGGGGUGUGGUGAGGUGGGAGGGGGGUGCGAGGGGCACCCAGGAUGGCCAGCCCGUGCUGACACGGGCACAUGGGCAGGCGGCACGUUGAGCAGAGCCGGUUCCUGGCCCUGGGAGGGGAGCGUCCUGGGGGCGGUUGCCCUAACUGGCAGAGUAUUUCUGUUCGGCCCGGUGAUGGCCCUGGACUGACCCGCAGCUCGGGGCUUUGAACAGGAGUGGAACUGCACAGUGGGGCGGGGGGCCAGGCGGGCUCUCGGACCUCCAGGUCAUGCACACCCCCGGCCCCAGUCCCCAGCAGCCCCCCUCUCGAGGCAGGCGUCGGAAGCACAAGAGAAAGACCCUCCCUCACCUCGAAGCGUCUUGUCAGGGCGGCAGGGUCCUUGCAGAGAACCAGCCCGUGGGCCAGGAGCGAGGAGAGGGCGGGCACGACGGCCCCCAGGAAGCCACCCAUCGCCCCCCGGGGUGGGGUCUGGGCUCCCCCCCUCCUUCCAUCUCCCCCCAUCUGCUUCCUUCAGUUUGUAAAGUUGGUGAUUAUAUUUUUGGGGGCUUUCCUUUUAUUUUU